UGCAUUGAUUAUUGGGGUUUGAACCGGGUCACUGUGAAGAACAAGUACCCUCUUCCCAGGAUCGAUGAGUUGUUGGAUCAGUUAAGAGGUGCUACUUGGUUCUCCAAUGUAAAUCUGGCGUCGGGUUAUCAUCAGAUACCGAUAGAUGAGGCAGAUAUGAGGAACACUGUAUUCAGGACGAGGUAUGGGCAUUAUGAGUUCAUGGUGAUGCCUUUUAGGUUGACUAACGCGCCAACAACGUUUAUGAGAUUGAUGAACAGCGUGUUUCAGGAGUUUCUGGACGUGUCUGUCAUCAUUUUCAUCGACGAUAUCUUGGUUUAUUCCAAGAGUCCUAAGGAGUAUGCAAUGCAUUUGAGGGCAAUUCUGGAGAAGCUGCGGGAGCAGAAGUUGUUUGCUAAGUUGAGCGAGACCUUGAGGAUGAACCUCGACGUCCUCUAA